AUGAGGAUAUUGCGGAGGAGGAGGAAGAUGAAGUUGACGACACAGUAUGACAUCACUGGAAUGCAACUAAAUGAAUUGCAGCUUAAUGACUUGUACAUCCAGGGCUAUAAAUCUAGCAAAGAUGCAGUUCUCUUUGCAAUCGAAGUGAGCGAGUCCAUGCUGGCUCCUCCACCUGAAUCUAAGUCGAAGAAGGCAGAUAAGGAUGCACCUAUAACAGCAGCGUUGAAGAGUGCAUACCAUCUCAUGCAACAAAGGAUUAUAUCUAGCCCCCAUGACAUGAUGGGUGUAUUACUAUACGGAACCAAGAGCUCCAAGUUCUAUGAUGAAGAUGAAGAGGGCCGAGGCACGCUUCCCUACCCUCAUUGCUAUCUCUACAUCGAUCUAGAUGUCCCAGCUGCAUCGGACGUCAAGGAACUAAGAGCUCUAGCCAACGAUGAGGAUGACUCUUCAGAGAUAUUAGUCCCAUCAGAAGAGCCCGUCACUAUGGCAAAUGUGCUAUUCUGCGCUAAUCAGAUAUUUACUUCAAAGGCGGCAAAUUUUUCUUCCCGACGGCUGUUCAUUGUAACUGACAACGAUAGCCCUCAUGCAAAUGAAAAAGCCCUUAGAUCGGCAGCCACAGUAAGAGCCAAAGAUUUGUAUGAUCUUGGAGUUACUAUUGAGCUAUUCCCAAUCUCCAGACCAGGGGCUGAAUUUGACCGAUCAAAGUUCUACGAUGAUAUCAUAUAUAAAGCUUCUUCAAGUGAUCCGGAAGCCCCCGUAUAUUCACAAGCUGCGGCCAAAUCAUCGACCUCGGGAGGAGAUGGCAUAACGCUGCUGAACUCGCUUAUUUCAUCGAUUAAUUCUAAAUCUAUCCCUCGAAGAGCGCUAUUUUCUAAUGUUCCCUUGGAGAUUGGGCCGGAUUUUAAGAUCUCUGUUACAGGUUACUUGAUCUUUAAACGACAAGAGCCUGCUCGAAGCUGUUAUAUUUGGCUCGCCGGCGAACAACCCCAGAUUGCCAAAGGCAUAACUACUCAACUUGCUGACGACAGCGCCCGUGAAAUAGAAAAAUGGGAGAUCCGUAAAGCGUACAAGUUUGGAGGCGAGCAGAUCUCGUUUACCCAGGAAGAACAAGCCGAGCUUAGGAACUUUGGAGAACCAACUAUCCGGAUCAUCGGCUUCAAGCCACUUUCAUCACUCCCUAUCUGGGCGUCUAUGAAACAUCCUACCUUUAUUUACCCAUCCGAGGAAGGACGGAAUGCAGCCCCUGUGAUGGCCGCCAUGAUUGCCGGAGCAGAAAAGCUCGAUGAGAACGAUACACAAAUUAUCCCGCCUGGGAUGUGGAUUCUACCUCUUCCGUUUGCGGACGAUAUCAGACAAAACCCUGAAACAAACCAUAUUACCUCCCCUGAUUCUCUUGUUGAUAAAAUGAGGCCUAUUAUCCAGCAACUGCAACUUCCCAAGGGCAAAUUUGACCCGUAUAAGUACCCAAACCCAUCACUUCAAUGGCAUUACAGAAUCCUUCAAGCUCUGGCACUCGAUGAGGACGUACCAGAGCAGCCAGAAGAUAAGACUAUACCAAAAUACAGGGCAAUCGACAAGCGCGCUGGCGAACUUGUAAUAGCCUGGGGCGAAGAACUUGAGUCCCAAUACCGUACCCUGGAGAAGAGCCAACCCGUAACUUCGACUCUAGUUAAGAGGCCAGCUUCAAGCGCAAAGAGAAUCAAGGAAGAGCCAGCCUCAAAGAGAGCUAAGACUGAGGAACCUGAGGACAUUAAGUCUUACUAUGAAAAAGGUACUUUGAACAAGCUUCCCAAUCUCUUCCAACUUCCGGAAAGAAAGCUGAUCUGA